AUGGUGACCGACAUGCAGCUCGGGAUUUGCGCCAAUGUUCUGGGAAUUGGGAUAUUCAUGCUGGUCGUGCUGUAUCAUUACAUCACAGCCAAUCAGCGAUCCAACUGA